ACUCCAUUUCCGCUUUCACUUGGCUUUUGUAAAAUUGGACACGUUUCUUUUAUUUUUUGACGUAUACUUUCUUUCAAAGAGGAGGAAUUGAUGCUACAUAUACAACAUUCAUACUAGGUUUAUUUAGAGAAAGUUUUGAAAGGAAUAUUGUGUACUUCUUGGAUUGAAAACUUCAAACAAAUUAAAAACUUCAAAAAUGAAUUUUUCAAAUUCAUUUUAUCCAGCUGCAGUGCUUGUAUUUAUAUCUAUCUGCUUUGGAACAUCUCUGGCUAAAAAGGCGGGCGAUUGUGAAGUAUGUGUGAAAUUUCUUGAAAGAUUUAUAGAGCAGCUGCCGGAUGACAAAAGAAAAUCCAUAGAAAAAAUAGAAGACAACUUUAGAAAAUUCUGUAAAAAUAAUGCAAGAGGAAAAGAUGAGCGAUUCUGCUACUAUAUCGGAGGUUCAGAAACUUCAGCCACUGGUCUCCUAAACUCAAUGUCAAAACCAGUCAGCUAUUACAUGCCUGCAGAAAAAAUAUGUGAAAAACUGAACUCUAAAGAUUCUCAAAUAUGUGAGCUGAAAUAUGAUAAGACCAUUGAUCUCUCAGAAGUUAAUUUCAAGAAAUUGAAAGUUAAAGACCUUAAGAAGAUUCUAUCAGACUGGAAUGACCAAUGUAAGGGAUGCACAGAGAAAUCAGACUUUAUUAGCAGGAUUGAAGAACUUAUGCCUAAAUUUGAUCCUGAAUCCCAUAAAAAGCGUCUAGCUAAACAAGAAUUAUAAUUUAUGAGCUGUUUAGGAAAUUUUCAUUCUAUUCAUCACCUUCCAUUGUAAUGCUCAUUUAUGAAUCAAAUGUACAAUGGCUGUUCAAAUGAUCCAGUUUUUUUGUAAACAGCCCUCGUGCAUUUGUGGUAAUGUUUGUGAAAAUAAAUCAAAGUCUCGAGUAUCUUUGGUUUACGAAUCAAAAUACAGUAAAACCUGUGUACAGUGAAUACCUAUAGAACAGAGAGGCAAUUUUGUACAGAAGUAAGUGGAGUCGAGUAUGUGCUGAGAAGGGGUGUUCACUAGACACAGGUGUUCACUAGAUAGGUGUUCACUAAGACAGGUUUCACUGUAUCACCUAUUAUAGUAAGUUUAUUUUUGAGCAUC